GGGAAAAAUAAUAUCAAAUUAGACGAUCUUGUGCAUUAUGUAAAAUUAUAUCAACCGUUACCCUUGUAUUUACAAGGCAAUUUAUUACCUUUUAUAGUUAUUUAUAUAGUAUUAUUUUAUUUAUGGAUAUUUGUGUAUGGUUUUACGGAAUAUAAUGAAGCAGGGUGGUUGUGCUUAGGUAUAAUAGGAUGUGUUCAAAUAUUAGUUUCAUUGUGCUGCUAUUGGACUGUGCACGUCCAAUGUUUUCUCGCAUGCCGACCCGUCAAAGGGCCCGAAGAGGCAUCUAUAGCAAAAGUAGUUCCAACAGCUAAUAAUGGUUUUUCCGAAAUAGUCAAAUUAUAUCAUACAAAAGAAGAUGGUAGUAAAGAAUUUAUACAUUGGUUUAUAUUUCAAAAAACUAAAUAUAUUUGGAACUAUGAUAAAAAGCAAUUUAAAUGUAUAGAAUUUCCAGUUAAUUAUACAUUAGACUACUAUUCAGAAUCUAAAGGUCACCAAGAAGACAGUGAUGUGCAACUUGCUGAGUCUAGAUAUGGCAAAAAUCAGCUGGAUAUGGUUGUACCCGAGUUCCAAGAAUUAUUUAAAGAGCGUGCUACUGCCCCUUUCUUUGUAUUUCAAGUGUUUUGUGUUGCACUUUGGUGUCUUGACAAAUAUUGGUACUAUUCCAUAUUUACGUUAGUCAUGCUAAUUUUGUUUGAGUGUACACUAGUGCAGCAACAAUUACGAAAUAUGGCUGAAAUUCGUAAAAUGGGAAACAAACCUUAUAAUAUUUUUGUCUAUCGAAAUAGAAAAUGGAAAAUGAUCAUGUCAAAUGAGUUGGUACCUGGUGAUAAAGUAUCAAUUACUCGAUCUCAAGAUGAUAAUUUAGUACCUUGCGACUUAGUGCUAUUAAGAGGUCCUUGUAUAGUUGAUGAGAGUAUGUUGACAGGAGAAUCUGUACCUCAAAUGAAAGAGCCGGUUGAAUUAUUUGAUCAAGAUAAGGUUUUAGAUCCAGAAGGUGAAGGAAAGUUGCAUAUUUUGUUUGGUGGUACAAAAGUUGUGCAACAUACCCCACCCGCCAAGACAUCAGGAAACAGACCACCAGAUGGUGGAUGUGUUGCAUAUGUUUUGAGAACUGGUUUUAACACUUCUCAGGGAAAACUGUUGCGUACAAUUUUGUUUGGAGUUAAGAGAGUGACUGCUAAUAAUUUGGAAACAUUUGGAUUUAUUUUAUUCCUGUUGAUUUUUGCAGUUGCUGCUGCUGUGUAUGUUUGGGUGAAAGGCAGUGAAGAUGAGGAAAGAAACAAGUACAAAUUAUUUUUGGAAUGCACUUUGAUAUUGACUUCAGUUGUGCCUCCUGAAUUACCAAUUGAAUUGAGUUUAGCCGUUAAUACCUCAUUAUUAUCAUUAUCAAAACUUAACGUUUUUUGCACAGAACCUUUUAGAAUACCUUUUGCAGGAAAAGUUGAGAUUUGUUGUUUUGACAAAACUGGUACUUUAACCAGUGAUAAUUUGGUUGUUGAGGGUGUAGCUGGUUUAGAUGAACAGGGUGCUAAAGUUAGUCCAAUACAGUCCUGCCCCAUGAAUACACUGCAAGUUUUAGCUACUUGUCACUCAUUAGCUCAGCUUGACGAUGGUUUGGUUGGAGAUCCUUUAGAGAAGGCUGCUUUAACAGCUGUUGACUGGACAUUAACUAAAGCUGAUGCUGUGAUUCCCAAAAAAGGCAAAAGUCCUGGUUUGAAAAUUUUUAGUAGAUUCCACUUCUCAUCAUCACUGAAAAGAAUGUCGGUUGUUGCUGGCUAUAAUGUUCCAAAUUCAAAUGACCAAAUGUAUAUUGCAACAAUUAAAGGAGCUCCAGAAACCCUAAAAAGUAUGUUUGUCGAAGUUCCUGAGGAUUAUGAAAAGAUUUAUUUAGAUUUAUCAAGGAGAGGUGCUCGUGUUUUGGCUCUGGGUUGGAGAUCACUUGGAAGUUUAACAUCAGCAGAACUUAGAGAUUUAAAUCGUGAAUCUGUGGAGAAAGAAUUUAAAUUUGCUGGCUUUGUAAUAAUAUCCUGUCCAUUGAAGCUUGAUUCAAAGAGUGUCAUCAAAGAAAUUGUUAACUCGUCACAUGCUGUUGUUAUGAUAACUGGUGAUAAUCCUUUAACUGCUUGUCAUGUUGCAAAAGAAUUGAAAUUUACACAAAAAACAAAGACUUUAAUUCUGACUGAAACAUCUGAACAAUGGAGAUGGCUAUCUAUAGAUGGAACCUUACAGCUGCGGGUUGAACAUGACUUUAAUGAAUUAACAAGUAAUUAUGAUUUAUGUAUAACUGGCGAAGGUCUUGUUUACCUUCAGGAACAUCAUAAUACUUUGUUGGGUAACUUGCUGCCUCACAUAGUUGUAUUUGCAAGAUUUUCACCUAAACAAAAGGAAUAUGUAAUAGUCUCUUUGAAAAAUUUGGGAUAUAGUACAUUGAUGUGUGGAGAUGGAACAAAUGAUGUAGGUGCUCUGAAACAUGCCCAUGUGGGAGUUGCUAUUCUUAGUAAUGCUCCUGAGCGAUUGCCUAGCAAAGAUGAUCUUAAACUUAAAGAUAAACUUAGAGAUCGAGCAGUCAACGAACGGAGAAAUGCUUCUUCAGUACACGGCGCUAAUUUGAGGAGUCUAACUGAACCUAAUCAGCAACUCAACCCACUUUUAUCAGCUCAACAGAGGCAACGAGAGGCACAAGAAAAAUUGAAUAAAAUAAUGCGAGAAUUGGACGAGGAUCAAGUAGCCAUUGUCAAACUUGGCGAUGCCAGUAUAGCUGCUCCCUUCACCAGUAAAUUAUCUUCAAUUCAAUGCAUUUGUCAUAUAAUUAAACAAGGCAGAUGCACAUUGGUCACAACUCUUCAGAUGUUCAAAAUUCUUGCGCUAAAUGCAUUAAUUUUAGCAUACAGUCAAUCUGUUCUUUAUCUUGAUGGUAUUAAAUUUAGUGAUGGUCAAGCGACAUUACAAGGACUUCUACUGGCAGCUUGCUUUUUAUUCAUUAGCCGAUCUAAGCCUCUUAAAACUUUAUCAAGACAACGCCCACUGCCUAAUAUAUUUAAUGCAUAUACUAUUUUGACUGUUUUAUCCCAAUUUGCUGUGCAUUUCUGUUGUUUAGUUUAUUUGGUUCAACAAGCACAUGCUAGGACUCCUGAAAGUAUAGAAAAACCAAAAGUAAAACUCAGUGUAGAAGUGGAAGAGGAUGAACCAUUUGUGCCUUCACUACUUAAUUCCACAGUAUACAUUAUUUCAAUGGCAUUGCAAGUUUCUACAUUUGCUAUAAAUUACCGGGGACCUCCAUUCAUGCAAUCAUUGCGAGAGCAUAAGGCUUUACUGUACAGUAUUUUAGCUUCUGGAGGUGCGGUAUUUGCGUUAGCUGCAGGUGCUCUUCCAGAUUUAGCUGAACAAUUUGAAAUAGUUGAUUUUCCUGCUGAGUUUCGUCUGGUUUUGGUUCAAGUGUUGUUUGCUGAUUUCUUUUUUGCCUAUCUCGUGGACAGGAUUUGCAUGUGGCUAUUCGGGGAAGGAAAAGCGAGAAUACUUAGAUCAUCUAGGUCGUAACACAUUCACACAGGCAGCAAUCACAAUCACCAAGUACGCAUUCAAUCAUAAAAAAAUAAAUUAUAGUGUAUUUACG